AUGGGAAGCCUUGGAAAAAAAAAAGAAAGAGAAAAAGAGGACGAGGCCGUGUGGAAGUUACUCACAGAUGGGGCCUCUAGUGAAGAAGGGAGCGGAGCAGGCAUCACGUUGAUAAGCCCUGAAGGGAUUGAGUUGACCUACGCCAUAAGACUGGACUUCGAGAACACCAACAACACUGCAGAAUAUGAGGCCCUUUUAGCGGGGAUGAGGCUAGCACAAAAAAUGAAAGCAAGGCAUGUGGAAGCUAGCACCGAUUCACAACGGGUGGUUAAACAAUACCAAGGAGAGUAUGAAGCCAAAGACGGCACCAUGGCUCAGUACGUGGCGAAAGUAAAGGAAACAGCUGAAGCAUUUAAAACUUUCAAGCUAGAAUACAUCCCCCGAGGGAGAAACAGAAAAUCUGAUGCCCUCAGUAAGCUGGCCUCGGUAGCAUUCGACCACCUAGCAAGAGAAGUCAAAGUGGAAGUCCUGACUUCCCCUUCCCUCAACACAAAGGAGGUAGCUGCAGUUGAGAAUGUGCAAGAAACAUGGAUGACACCGAUCAUAAAGUUCCUCAGAGAUGGAACAUUUCCCGAGGGAGACUGGGCAGCUAGGAAAAUAAGGGUAAAGGCCUUGCAAUAUGAGCUGGUUGACGGGGAACUAUACCGGAGGUCAUACCUAGGCCCAUCCCUGAAGUGUGUUGACAUGGAAGAAGCUGAGUAUGUGAUCAGGGAAAUGCAUGAAGGGAUUUGUGGAAUGCAUUCGGGGCCAAGGACGAUAGUAACAAAGGCAAUGAAUGCGGGGUUCUACUGGCCACGAAUGUAUGAAACAACAUCCAGGGAGAUCAAGAAAUGUGACAACUGCCAAUUACAUGCACCUAUGACCCACCGGCACAAGCACCCGAUGAUAUCAGUCUCAACGUCCUGGCCCUUCCAAAAGUGGGCCAUCGACAUAAUCGGGCCAUUACCGGAAGGUCCAGGAGGAGUCAAGUAUGUGGUAGUGGCCAUCGAUUAUUUUACCAAGUGGGUCGAGGCAAGGCCCUUAGCAAAAAUAACCGGGGAGCAGAUGAGGCGGUUUGUAUUAGAUAACAUCAUCUGCAGAUACGGGGUCCCAAAGGAACUGGUAAGUGAUAACGGCGUCCAAUUUGCUGUAAGACCUUUUAAGCCAUGGUGCGAGUAG